UUCUCGCUUUUCGACCUGGACAAGGACUCUCACAUCGACUACCACGAGCUGAAGGUCGCACUGAAAGCUUUAGGAUUCGAGAUACCCAAAUCCGAGCUCUUGCAAAUUCUACAACAGAAUGGCGUACCCGCCUCCAGCAUACACCCUCCCGGACAUCCUGCACCCAUCUCGCAACAGCCGACAUUCUCUGGCCCUUCGCGAUUAUUGCUGAGCCAUCAAGCAUUCGUGACGAUAGCGGCGCAAAAGAUCCUGGAUCGGGACCCGAGAGAAGAGAUAUUACGGGCAUUUGAGCUGUUCGAUGCGGACAACAAGGGUAUGAUACAGCUCCAGGACCUGAGAAGGGUUGCAAGGGAAUUGGGAGAAGGGCUUCAGGAGGAGGAACUGCAGGCUAUGAUUGACGAAUUCGAUGUGCGAGGAGAAGGUGGGAUAAGUAGAGACGAGUUUCUUGGCAUUUGUCUGGGCGGCUGA